CUGCUGUUGCCGGUAGGCUCUGGCGGCGCAUGCGCAGUGGUGGCGGUGAGGGAAUCACAGGCCUGGCUGCUGCUGGAGGAGGAUCUGUCGGUGGGUUUGGGACUAAGCGCAGGAAGCGGCUUCGCACACUGCAAGGAGCCCAGAGUGGUCAGGCGGCGUGGGGAGCCGGGAUUCGCCACUUGAUGUGUAGAUGGUGCAGCCAGUGACGCAAUGGCAAGUGACUGGUGCUGGUCAAUAAACCUGACUCCCCUUGGGAAUUCCUAAUGGCGCCCAAGUGUGGGGUAAUGGAACACCCUGGGUGAAAGAAAUGUCCCCAGAAAAGUGGAUGAGCCAGAAUCCUGUUGGUCAAUGGUACCAACACUACUGGGACCAGAUCCAUUUAGAAAAGUUGCUGAAACUGAAAGGAGUAGUGGAGCCAGUACUUUAAUUUUGCGUGGAGCUUUUGGAAAAUUAUUGUAAUGCUGUAAAUCAGAAUCUCAGUUAAGUUCGGUAGCUGUAGUGGGAGGGAAGUGGAAAAAUCCUGUGACAGCCACAAGAGUUUUAGAAAAUGCAGAGUUUGAUGCCCCUCUGUAGAAGAGGAUAUAUUUAAACCCACAUUCAUCUGAAGGAUCAGUGUUUAUCCUAAAUAUCACGGUUUAACAUCCCAAAAAGUAUAAGAGGCAGACGUACAAAUGUCUACCACAAGACUAAAGUGUGACAUGUUAUGUUCUUUACCAUAAGGACCCAUAAAAUGAGCUCCAUUACAGACAGAGAUGAUGGUAGUAUUUUUGAUGGUCUGGUGGAAGAAGAUGACAAGGAUAAAGCAAAAAGAGUGUCUAGAAACAAGUCUGAAAAGAAACGUAGAGAUCAGUUUAAUGUUCUCAUCAAAGAGCUUGGUUCCAUGCUUCCGGGUAAUGCUCGGAAGAUGGAUAAAUCCACUGUACUGCAGAAAAGCAUUGACUUUUUACGGAAGCACAAAGAAAUCACUGCACAGUCAGAUGCCAGUGAAAUUCGACAGGACUGGAAACCUACAUUCCUUAGUAAUGAAGAGUUCACACAGUUAAUGUUGGAGGCUCUUGAUGGUUUUUUUUUAGCAAUCAUGACAGAUGGAAGUAUAAUAUAUGUGUCUGAAAGUGUAACUCCCUUACUUGAACAUUUGCCAUCUGAUCUUGUGGAUCAGAGUAUAUUUAAUUUUAUCCCAGAGGGGGAACAUUCAGAGGUUUAUAAAAUACUGUCUACUCAUCUGCUGGAAAGUGAUUCAUUGACACAAGAAUAUUUAAAAUACCUGAAGAAGAGAUCUGUAUCUCAACAGCUUGUACCUUCUACUAACAGAGCAAAAAAUCAACUAGAAUUCUGUUGCCAUAUGCUGCGAGGAACAAUAGACCCAAAAGAACCACCUACAUACGAAUAUGUAAAGUUUAUUGGAAAUUUCAAGUCUUUGAAUAAUGUCCCCAACUCCGCGCACAACGGUUAUGAAGGAACUAUCCAGCGGCCCCAGCGGCCUUCAUAUGAAGACAGAGUUUGCUUUGUAGCUACAGUUAGGUUAGCUACACCUCAGUUUAUCAAGGAAAUGUGCACUGUUGAAGAACCCAAUGAAGAGUUUACAUCUAGACAUAGCUUAGAAUGGAAGUUCCUAUUCUUGGAUCACAGGGCACCUCCAAUAAUAGGCUAUUUACCAUUCGAAGUUCUGGGGACAUCGGGCUAUGAUUACUAUCAUGUAGAUGACCUAGAAAAUCUGGCAAAAUGUCACGAACACUUAAUGCAAUACGGGAAAGGGAAGUCAUGUUAUUACAGGUUCCUGACAAAGGGGCAGCAAUGGAUUUGGCUACAAACACAUUACUAUAUUACUUAUCAUCAGUGGAAUUCCAGGCCAGAGUUUAUUGUCUGUACACACACUGUAGUAAGUUAUGCAGAAGUUCGAGCAGAAAGACGGCGAGAACUUGGUAUUGAAGAGUCUCUUCCAGAGAUAGCAGCAAAUAAAAAUCAGGACUCCGGAUCUGAUAAUCAUAUAAACACGGUCAGCCUCAAAGAAGCAUUGGAAAGAUUUGAUCACAGCGGUACACCUUCUGCUUCCUCUAGGAGUUCGAGGAAAUCUUCUCAUACUGCAGUGUCAGAUCCUUCAUCAACACCAACAAAGAUGACAAUGGACACUAGCACUCCUCCAAGACAAAACUUAACUGGGCAUGAAAAGACUGCACCAAGGAGGUCAUCACUUAGUAGUCAGUCCUUAAAUGCCCAGUCUGUUGGACAACCAUUAGCACAGCCAAUGAUGUCUCAACCUGCAACUUUACAGAUCCAGCCAGGCAUGUCCCAGCCUAUGUUUCAGUUUUCAGCCCAAUUGGGAGCCAUGCAGCACCUAAAGGACCAGCUGGAGCAAAGAACACGAAUGAUAGAGGCAAAUAUUCAUCGGCAGCAAGAAGAGUUGCGUAAGAUUCAAGAACAGCUUCAAAUGGUCCAUGGUCAAGGGCUUCAGAUGUUUUUGCAGCAAUCAACUCCUGGAUUAAAUUUUGGUUCUGUGCAGCUUACUUCUGGAAAUUCUUCUAACAUUCAGCAGCUUACACCAAUAAACAUGCAAGGUCAAGUUGUUCAGGCUAAUCAAAUUCAAGGCGGAAUGAACACUGGGCAUAUUAGUACUCAGCACAUGAUACAGCAACAGCCUUUGCAGAGUACAGCAACACAGCAUGCUCAACAAAAUAUACUUAGUGGGCACAAUCAACAGGCUUCUCUUACCAAUCAGUCACAGAAUACACUUUCAGCCCCCUUAUAUAACACUAUGGUGAUUUCCCAGCCAACGACAGGAAAUGUGGUCCAGAUUCCAUCUAGUUUACCACAAAACAAUAACCAGAGUGGUGCAGUAACUACUUUCACCCAGGACAGACAGAUCAGAUUUUCUCAAGGUCAGCAGCUUGUCACAAAAUUAGUCACUGCCCCUGUAGCAUGUGGAGCGGUAAUGGUACCAAGCACUAUGUUUAUGGGACAGGUGGUGACUGCCUACCCCACUUUUGCUGCACAACAGCAGCAGCCACAGACAUUGUCAAUAAUGCAGCAGCAACAGAGUCAGCAAGAGCAGCAGCAGCAGCAGCUCAGUACAGUUCAGCAGUCGGCUCAAGCGCAGCUGACGCAGCACCCGCAGCAGUUCUUACAGACAUCCAGGCUACUUCAUGGAAAUCAAUCAACUCAGCUUAUUCUCUCUGCUGCUUUCCCACUACAACAAAGCACUUUUACUCAAUCACACCACCAGCAGCAUCAAUCUCAGCAGCAGCAGCAACUCUCACGACAUAGAACUGACAACAUGAUUGAUCCUUCCAAAGUUCAGCCACAGUAGCAUGGGGAUUCACUUCUUCUAGAAGCAAACAGCAGGGAGGGGCUGCUCCAUAAACAUUUGCACUGAUGAUGGUAGAGGUAGAAGUCCAAAGGCUUUAUAAAGUACAGUAUUGAGGUCUACUUCUAACUUCUGGGAAUCUGUUUGCAGAAGAAACUACUACAAAACGUUGUGGAGGUACCUUAGGUACAAAGAGCAAAAAGAUAACAGGGACAUGGCCAACUUUGACAGUCUUUUAGUUGUCCCAAUUUCUGUGUUCUAAAGGAUGUGCUGCCACGUAAUAACUUGUCCAGAUCAAGUCUCAAACCCUCAGUGAACUGAAAAGGGCACUAAAAAUGUUGGUAUCUUUAGCAGUCCUGUAAGUUUGUCAAAUGUGACCAUGGACAUGCAGUUGCUCACAAUAAUGCUACAGAUACAGUCCAAAAGACAUUUAAAUUUUUUUUCUCAGAUGAUUAUGGGACAAGUAAAUAUUUUCAAAAUGUUGUGUGGAAUCAGAUUCUGUAUUAUACAGAUGUUGUAAAACAAUGUGUAUAUGUCUGGAUAAAAGGAGAGAGAGCAAAAAUAUUUUAUAUGAUGCAUGAAAAUGUAAUCUUGUUAUUUGUAGGGUUGAAUGUUUCCCUAAAUUCUCACACCAUGCUCUGACUAAUAUUUUCCUCUGUUCUACCCUUUUGUUUACAACAUGAUGCAUCAUAAUUUUCACCCUUAAUGUGGGCACAAGUCUCUUGUUUGUGCUUUGUCUGUGAUGUCACAGUUUGUUCAGUGAGGUAUAGUGUGCUGGUUAGUGGAUUUUUUGGGGGUUAAAUUAUUGAUGAAACUGUUUGAACUGAUGGUCACGCAUCACGGUUCAAGACAUUCAGAUUUCAGAAGUAUUAUCCAUCAUUUCACAAUUAUUCAUUGUUUUUUGAUUGAAAAAUAGGAAUUUGCACUGCUUUAUUGUGGAUGGUUUGGAAUUUUACUCCCCAAAGCUAUCUUUUGAUAUAGAUCAUAGUUGGAAAUAUUUAUGUAAAGGGUUUUAAAAAAACUACAUGAAAGUAAUUUUUAAAAAUGUGUCAGUUAUAGGAGUAAUUUGCACAACAAUAUAUUUACACUUAAUAACAUUUUAGGCACUUUUUAACCACCUUCUCUGUGGUGAGAAUUGUAACUUGUUAAAAUAUGUUGGAAUCUUUUUAUUCUCCUUUAAAAAUUAGAUCUUUCUUCAGUCAAAACUGAUUCAGGGUCAUUUUAAAACAAAAAAACAAGAAACCCACAGUGCCUUGAUUUUAAUUCAGGUGAUAACGUUGAACAUCUUGAAUUAUGUUGUCUUGAAUCUGUUACGAUUUUACAAUUUUGAAGUCUUAGUAUAAUCUCAACAAAACGUGUUUCUACUUCAUAGCUAUAUCUUGUUUGUGUUCAUAUAUACAAGUAUUUUAACAAUCGUCUGAGUUGAGAUCAUGAGCAUUUUUUAAAGGAGGGCCUCUCCCCUCAGACACUAAAAUGGAAACAGAUAUCUAAUGAUUUACCUGUAAAGUGUUCAGCGAGUAAGGAGUAGCACUAUUUAGAGGCUCCAAAACAGAGGUUAGUCAUUUUGGGGGGGGGGAAUUAAUCUGACACUUUUCAAUCAGAUCAGAUCCAAUUUUACUUUAUUGAUUGGAAUUUAAUGGAAAAAUAAAGAGGUGAGUAGGACUGCAUGUUUAACACACUGAGUGUUGACUUAAAAGGGAUACCACUAAACUAAGACUUCAGAAGGCAACCUCACUUUAUAAAGAUAAUAAAAAGUUCCAACAGAAAUGACUUCCUAUUUUUAAAUGUUCAGUAGAUUUCUAUGGUACUACUUCAUACAAAUCACAUCUGCAAAGCAAAAUGAGCUAAUACUAAGAUAGACUUGGUAGUUAAAAGAGAAAAUUAAUUAAAAUUAACACUGAGGAGGGAAAGUUUUUAGUCAAGAAGCUGAAUUAAGUCAGAGUAUUAGGGAGGAGCUGUAUGAAUGUAACCAAAUUGUGGUGGAAUAUUAAAUAUUAGAAACAGUUUGAUUGUAUUAUUGGGUGACCAGAGCUGACUGAAAGGUAGUGCUAAGUUAGUGAACACUAGAUGCAGUUACCUUUUGAAGCUUGUUCUUAAAAUUAGCCUUGGCCUUUCCACUGUCGUCAUCUCAUCAGAUAAGCCCCUCACCCCCAAACAAUAAAGCAACAGGUCAACAGUGGAUCCUGGGAGAAUCACAGUGGAAAAGGGAAGAGGGCGUAAGAAGUAAAGAACCAAAGAGAACUGGAUUGGUUUCUGCUCCAGGAAGCCUCUUGCAACAAGGAGUAGGAAUAGAUACAAAUAUUAAACAUAUCCAGGAAACUUUCUCUCUCUAUGCUCUUUAAAGGGAUUUCAGUCAUUCCCUGAACCAGUAUAAGUGUUAGAAACAUGUAUUUUUUUAAGUUUUAGAAAAGCAAAACUGCAUUGACUUUUAUUUAUUUUUUUCAAAUUGCCUUGCUAAUCCUGCCAUAGCAUUCCGCCUGUAUCCAAAAUUUAAGCUGCAUUGACCAGAGGUCCAUUCCAUAAAGACUUUUAGUGGGAGAUAGACUUGUUAGAUAAGGGUUUUAACGUAAUUACAAUAAUAAAAUAGCACUAAAGAAGGAAAUUGGGAGAGCUUUAAUAUUACUCUUAGAAAUGUAGUGUGGUGGUAAAACCAACCGAUAAGAUGUAGUAUUUGCAGCUACAGAAAAUGCAGAGCAUAACCAGCAGACAGCUGAGAGAGUUUUAUAUAUAAGCUUCAUUCAAAUCCCCUCUCUCAACCAAAAAAAUACUGUGGUGUGCUGUUUGUAGGUCAGACAAUAAAAAGGCAGCCUAACUUAGGUGUGAGAAGUUUUAUAUUAACAUAGCUCUUGGCAGAGGACUAAGAGGAAAAAUUCUGUGCUUUGAUCAAGAAGCCUUCCAUAAGCUCAGAGGGGAAAGUCAUCCAAAAAUGAAGCUACUCUUUACCUGCUAGCUGAUAAAGAGAAGAGGGGGAAUUCUAAGAGACUGAAAAAUUAUUACAUACAUUUGAAAAGCUUCUGCCACAAUUCAGGCAAAUGUUUAAAAAAAAAAACCAGAAAAAGCACACAGUAUUUCACUGACUUUAAUUGGCAUGGAUGUUCUGCUUCUCUUUCACUGACUAUUAAAGGAUUUGUGUUCAAACGAGGCACUCACUUCUGGUCCUAUUAAAGUCAAUUGCAAAACUCCAUUGACUUCAGUGGGAAGAAAAUUGGGCCCCAGUCUUUCUCUCUUCUAAUCAACCUGCUGCUUCUGCCCAGCUUACUCACAGGUGUGGCAAACCUGUUGUUUGUGACAUCCCAAGAGAUAUCAUAGCAUUCGCUGCUGUGAUGUGUAAUGUUACAGAAUGACUCUGACAGGAGUGAGGAAGUUGGCUAAGAAGGAGAAAAUGUUGUAUUAUGGAUAAAUGCCUUGGUGACGUACAGUUAAGUAAAGUAUCAUGCUGUAUUUUCUUAAUAGAGUUUUGAUGAGAAAAUUAGUAAGUUUGCCUGGGUUGAGUGAGAACUCAAAGAAAAGCCUCAGAAUUUCAGAGGGAAAAGAAAUAUAGCUAUUUUUAUAUUAUAUUUAAUAUAUGUUAUAUUUGUAUAUAAAUAUGAAAAGAUUAUAGUAAGAACUCUCCAUAUGCCUUCCAUUUUAUCUAGACGUUUACCUCCUGGUGCGAUGGCUCCAGGGUAUCACCAUCUUUGUAGGCAUUAUGCCUGCUGCCAACCAACAUCUAAGUUAAUAUUCCAAUAUCUUUACAACAGAUAGGCCCCACUUCAGCAGUAUGCCUAACUUGAAGCAUGUAAGUUAGUCCAAUUUAAGUGAAUGCUGAUGUACUGUGCUCAGUAGGGUCCUUAGUUCUCCUCAGUGCCCAUGCUGGCAAUUUUUCAUGGGAAAAGGAGAAACCCUCGCAAGACUCAAGUAGUGCAGUUUAAAAAAGGGGUUUGGAAUAAUGAUAAGCACUUUACUGAAAAAAAAAAAACAUUUUGAAAACAGUUAAUUAUUUUAGGCAAUGGAACGGUUCAAAAGUGGUCCAAAGGAAUCAAAAUAUAGAAAACUGUCAAAAAGAGGCAUUUCUGGAAAGUGUUUCUAAAUGUGGUGAUCCUUUGAGGCUCUAAGUGUGAGAUUAAAAAGGCAUCUAAAAUUGGUUGAUUUUGUUUUAAUAUGGCUUUGGGAAAGGCUAAAUCUACAUAAAUACUAUCUUCUUUUAAAGUUGCACAAUUGCCUGUGAGAAAGAAAUGAUCAGGAGGCAUAUUAGCCUGUUCAGUAAUUCUAAAUGGCCCUUGGGAUUAUAAUUUGCAUUAAAAUAUGUGUAGAGGGUUUACAGAUGUGGCCUUUAGUAGACUGUUGCAGUCCCCAAUUCUAGAAUAACUAGCAUUCUUAGCGAUAAAACCAGAUGUAGUUAUGAGUGCGUUUUAAAUGACAUGGCAUCAUGCAGUGUCAGCGCAUGCAUGUUAGAUUCGUAAGUACAGUAUCUCCUUUUGAAAUCAUUCUUGAAACAAGAUACACAUUGAGAAGGGCUGGGGAAAUUAUUAUUUUUGGCUAAAAGGGAGAAAAAGACUAACAUAGUGCUGAAUCUUUUUUUUACUCAUCCCCAGUGGAAAAAGUUAAAGAACUAUUUGAUACUAAUUGGAAUAAAGAAUUUUGUAUUCAGUAUAUUUGAAGUUGAAUGUUGAAUGGCUCAUAGUAAAUGAGAUAAACUUUGAGAGAGAUAUUUAAAUUAAAUCUAGUUGUCCAUUAGACCUUUUUUUAAUAUCCUGAUUUUAACACUACAUUCCUUGUUUUUUUUCUUUAAUAAACAAGUAAUUUACAGGCUUUGUUUGCUUCAUGCUUUGUCAUCUGCAUGGGUUUUGCCAGCAUGGUAUGCUAAAUUGUACCUAUAAAUAAAAAGGAAAAACAAAACACUGUGUAUGAACCAAAUACUGUAUUGCCUGAUAUGGAGAUCCCAGCCAAGACUGAGAGGUGCUGCACUAAUAGACAAUCAAAAUGGGUGACUAUUUAUGAAAGACUUUUGGGAAUGAUCUUAAAGUAGUAACUGCUUUGAAAGCAGCUGAGUUUUUUAAAUGAGGUAAAACUAUUUAUUUUAAAAUAUAUCAAGUGGACUGAAUUUUGAGUUUUUAAGCAGUGUUGAUUUCACAGUGUCUUGGGUUUUGGUUUGGUUUUGUACUUUCUAACUGGCAUUAGAUUUGUAUAUGUAGAAAACUAGUGCCGCUCAUAUUGACGUCAGGAAAUGUAGAUACAGUUCCCUGGUGUUCAUGUGACCAUUACUAACUGUCAAUUUUUUAAUUGAAUAAAUGUAACUCAUUUGAAAUUCUA